GUCUGUACAUUAACUUAAAUGGAGCCAUACGAGUCUGAUUUGUGUCACACCGGUCAUUUUCGGUGUUUAAUUCUCAGUUAUAAAGAGUCCCCCCCCCCCCAUUUGUACCAGGAAGAAUCACAAUAAUAGGGGUUAUGUUUAGUUUCUUUGUCUGCUAUUGUUUGUAAACAUACAACUGGCCAACUUGUACUAAAACAAAUGGUCAUACCAGGAGAAUGAUGGCGUUGAACUUAAUAAGCAAGUUAAAAUGAAUGUUUAAGCCACAAAAUGUUUAGGAUAAACUGUUACCCGGUUUUCUUCAGUUACCCCAAAAAACUGGGUAUUUCAUGUAGCUUCCCGACCUGUGUGGUCCUGCAAUGGUUGGAUUAUUUCUUUAUUUUCAGUUGUAACAUCAUCAAGACUGAAACCAUAUAUAAGUAUAAGUCAGCAUAUAUAAAAGCGUUUAUAUCUCAGGUAAACAAAACGACACAUGUUUAAAGCACAGGCUUAAUGAACAGAGGGAGAAAGAAAGCUCUGGACGCAGAACUGAAAGAAAGGGGAAAGACUGAAAGAAGCAUGUUAAAUUAACUGUGCUCUAUUUGGAGAGAAAUGUUUUAAGUCAGGUUAUAUGGCAAAAGUAGGCUUAUAAUCACCAUAUUCAUUGCUGUUGUUGUGAUACACAAUGUGCAUCACUAUGUUUAUAACACAAAGGCGGCACAUUUUAAAGACCUCUGAAAAAUAUGCAUACUUUUUCAGUAAACUGGUUUCCUGUUCACGGCGUGCCUGUCCUGGGAACUCCGGGAUGGGACACCAGUCUACGUCAGGGCACCAUGCAUACACAUACAUUAACACACGCAUUCACAUGUAGGGGUAAUUUAGAGUUGCUAAUGCAAUCUUUUUGGGAGUUGGGAGAAAACUAGAGAACCUGGCGCAAAUUCAUGCAUACACAGGGAGAACACGCAUGACUCUGCACAGAGAGUAGCCUGAGUUCAGGAUCGAACCGGGGACGGCUGGAUGAGAGUCGGUGAUGCUGCGUGACUAAAAUACUUUUGUUUAUUGUCUGCAAAGAUAAACCAAAUAUUCACUGCCUAUUACUGUAAAUAAGUUGUACAAAAAGUUGUUUACUUUGCAAAAGUACUGAUCAUCAGCAAUAUCUCUGAAAAUAAUGUAUGUAAUUGAUCACAAUAUCGUUAAUAUUGUCAUAUCACCCAAAUUUAAGUCAGUACAUAGAAAGAAAAAGUCUUUCAUUUCAGUCUAGGAGUACACCAGUAAGUGGUGAAAUAGCAACUUUUAACACUUCUCAGAUUACAUUAAUUAAAAAAAAAGCUGUACAGUAGGUUAAAAUGUCUUGUUUUGGUUUUGCUUAUUUUUAUGUUUUGCGUAUUUUAUGUUUAAUGAAUUAAUUAAUUCCUUCUUCCUCAGUAACUGCUUUAUCCUGGCUAGGGUUGCAGUGAAAUGGUGUCAUUAUUAAUAGUAUGUAUGACUGAGUGUAAUUCAUGUGUACUAUAUAUUUAUGAUAUUAAUGGGUAAUUUAUUUAAUCAAAGCCUACUUAUCAUGUUAUAACACUACAAUGCAUUAUGCCUAUUGGAGUACAUUAAGUGCAUACAUGUGGCAUGGAAUUUUCCACAGGUUAUGGAAAGACGGUGAUGAAUGUGACACUCAAAUCAGAUGCCAAAUAUAUUGUCUCUGAGGUGCUGGCCUGGUUCAAUCGCACUUUGCAGUCUGGAUUCAAUACUGUGGAGCAAACUUGCUCAGGUGCUGCCUACUGCCAGUUAAUGGACCUGCUUAAUCCUGGCUGUAUUGACUUGCGAAAUGUAAAGUUCAAAGUCGAUGAUGAAAUAGAUAUGAGGAACAAUUACAAGCUACUUGAAGGUGCCUUCAUCAAGACUUCUAUCAAUAAAACACUGGACAUUCAAAAGUUGGUCAGUGGCAGUUUCACAGAGACAUUUAAUCUACUGAGGUGGUUCAAAGUGUAUUUUGAGCAUAAUUUUGCAGGAAAUAGUUACAAUCCUGUAGUGGCUCGAGGCGGACAGAUUCUGUAACCCUGUGUCCCUAAGAAACCAAGGGCUCUCAUGCAGCUGGACUUUUCAGCGGGUCCAGGCGGGAUUAUUGAAAAUGCUGACAGAAAAGUGGAGGGAAAAGUUCCAGAGUCUUUUUACUCCAGCCAGGCCGUGCUGUGUCUUGUCAGGAAAUACUGUCUGUCUGUCUCAGCCAUCACAGACUCAUCUAUUGCGUGCAGUAAAGCCAAGCAAGUGCUGGGCCAAAAAUACCCAAAAGACAUCGCAGCUUUCUGUAACCAGGCCCCUUACUGCAUGUAUAUGUACCAUGAAGGGGAGAAAGCUUAUGUGCUCUUGAUUGGGUAUUUUGACCAGACUGCUGGAGAAACCAAAGUGAGGCUGCUUGAUGUUAUUGAGGAGAUGCAGUCUACCUUAUUGAACUGUGUUGUGGAGACUCUUAAAAAGUUUGAGAUCUCCUUGGCCAACCUUGCAGCAUUUUAUUCCAAUGCACCAAAUCUUACAGAGCUGAUUUCAGGCCUGAAAGCCUUGAAUCCUGGCACUGUUUCUCUGUGUAGCCUUACUGGUGUUGCAGAACAGGCAUGUCAGAGUGGCAUUACGGUGAUGGAGAUGUCAGCACAGAUCCAGGAACUGAUCAGUGAAGUCCACCAGCACCUCCCCUCUUUACCAAAUUUUCUGAAGGAACAGCUUAAUAAUAUGGGGGAGUUCAAUCGCACCUCUUCUUUGAAAUUUGAUUGUCUCAGCCUCAGAACAGCAGUUUACAAAAUGGCCAUAGCAUGGUCAGACUUGGUGCAAUUCUUUAAUUCUCAAAGUGCCAGCACCAAUUCAAAUAGGCAAAUUUGUUGCCUCCUCAAUGAUAAGACAUUAAGACUGAGUUUCCUGUUUCUGAGCCGUGCCCUGCAGCCCUGCAAAUUUCAGGAGAGCUUGGACUCUGGUAAAGAUGUGAAAACAUUGCUCCAAGAUGCCUGUAGUUUAGUUCAUGUUUACUUAUCUAGCUUCCUCACUCCUAAAGCCGUGGAAAAGUUCCUCAGGAGAGGUAACUUGGGCUCACCAAUGAAGGACAUGAUGGAACAUCUACCAAGAGACAAGUUGAAGGUUGGUGAAGAGGUGGUUGGAUAUCUUCGCCAAAAUGACACAGAGCUAACGGGCUCUGUAGACCUCUUUUACAAGAGCACUGUUUCAUUCUACACAGCAGUCAGUUCCAGUAUUGUGAAGAGUUUACCCAUGCCUGAUUCUGCUCUGAGAAACAUUGCUGCCCUCUUAAGCCCAGAAGGCAAGUUAGAAGUCACCGUGAAGGCCAUAUCUGAUUUAGGUGUCCAGUUUGGUCUUUGUACGUCUGGAGAAGACUUCAGCUUGUUAACUGAAGAGUUUCUUGAGUAUCAGUUUGCUGAGCGGGAAGAUGUAUUUGCUGGUCCAGCUGUACAGUCACUGGAGGAGUACUGGAAAACGGAGCUGAGGAUUAUGGGAAAGACCUCUCUCUUUCGCACACUAAUCCUAAGCCUGUUGGCCUUGCCCAAGACACUGAGAAUGGGAAGGAUAUUUGCACAAGUGUUUGAGAAUGCUGAUCACUGCUUUGGUAGCAGUGUGGAAGAGAGAAAAAUCGAGAUCUCUGACGACAAAAACAUGGUGCACGAUGAGGAUGAUGUCACAGACACCAGCUCCUACAAAAGUGCCCCAUCACAGCCCCUCAGCCCUGAGACCCAGGAGAGUUCAACAUCAGAUGUUAUUGAUCUGACUGAAGAUGAAGAUGUUAUUUCUAUGGAGAUGAAUGCCAGUGCCUCUGGUCCAGACACGGAGGUGGAAAAGGAGAACCCAGAAAAUAAGAUACAAUAUUUCCUCAACGCAUACGUUCAGAUUGAUGAUCUGCGUCCUUAUGCUGCAUUUGCACAGUGCUUCUGCCCUAAUUCCUUUGCCACAGUGAUGACAUACAAGGAUGCCAUCUUUCAUUCUUUGCAGGUGGCUGCUGAUUGUGCUGAAAUGGUAUUUUCUUUAGACUCUGACUCUAAGGAAGACCUGCUUAGAGUAAUGUUAGACUGGGCCUUCGGAGGCUUUAAACCAUCUGGACCAAAUGGACUCCGACCACGAUCAAGAGAAGAUGGUAUACAAAUAACCGGUUGGACCUACAGGAUGAAAACGAAUGAAAAGAUUUCAUAUCCAAAAUCAAAACAUUGUUCCUUACAGAAUGAAAAGAACUCUCUAUCUGCCUGUCAGCCAACUCCCAGAAAACAGAAAUGUGUUUCCAAGAAUAAAGAUCAAAACAAAGACCAAAGCUCAGUUGAUCAGGGAAAGCAAGACUACAACAGGUAUCAAAUGGUGCAUGAGGUUUUGGUCAAAGGAAAGAAUAUUGAAGAUUUCUGCUUAUCGUGUGGAACCGCACAUAUCUAGAUCUUCCAUCCACUGUUUGAAGGGAGUCUGUGCUUGAAAUGCAAGGAUAAUUUCACAGAGACAUUGUAUUGGUAUGAUGAUGAUGGAUAUCAGUCAUACUGCACCGUAUGCUGUGCUGGGCUGGAAGUCAUUCUGUGUGGACAUGACAGCUGUUUCCGCUCCUACUGUGUAGACUGUUUGGAUGUCCUGAUUGGUAAAGGCACAUUAAAUCAACUAAAAGAUGUGGACCCAUGGAUCUGUUACCUGUGUGCACCAGAGAGAAGCUCCGGGGCUUUGAGACCCAGGCAUGAUUGCAGUAUCCGUGUCCAGGAAUUCUUUGCCAACAACAGCACCAUGGAAUUUGAGCCACAUCGAGUUUACCCAUCAAUUCCUGCCAACCUGAGACGUCCAAUCAGAGUCCUCUCCUUAUUCGAUGGUAUAGGUACAGGUAAGCUACCGUCUAUUGAGAAAUGGGGACCAUUUGACCUCCUUAUUGGUGGCAGCCCAUGUAAUGACUUGGCCACAGUAAAUCCAGCACAGAAAGAGGGCACAGGACGGCUCUUCUUUGAUUACUGCCGGCUGCUGAACAUCAUGAAGCCCAAGGAGGAUGACCCUCGACCAUUUUUCUGGCUUUUUGAGAACGUUGUAUUCGUGAACAACAAGGACAAACUUGAUAUCUGCCGUUUCCUGGAGUGUAAUCCGGUGCUUAUCGAUGCUGUUAAAGUGAGCCCAGCUCACAGAGCACGGUAUUUCUGGGGGAAUCUGCCAGGCAUGAACAGACCAAUCAUCGCCUCUCAAAAAGACAAACUGACCCUCCAGGAAUGCCUCGAUAAAGGCCGCUCCGCUAAGUACGUCAAAGUGCGGACUAUCACCACACGCCCAAACGCCCUCAAGCAGGGAAACAUUGACCAUCAUUUCCCCGUCUCCAUGAAUGGAAAGGAUGGCAGUUUAUGGAUCACCGAAGUGGAGAAGAUUUUUGGAUUUCCAAAGCAUUACACGGAUGUGAAGAACACGGGUUGCAUGCAGAGGCACAAGGUGUUGAGGAAAUCCUGGAGUGUCCCGGUGAUCAGGCAUCUCUUUGCUCCACUGAAGGAUUACUUCGCCUGUGAUGAAGUCUCCCUAAAUUGAGGAGGUUUUUUUUUGUUUUGUUUUGUUUUUUAAAGACAUACUCUCUCUCUUAAACAGAGAUUUAUUCUCAGGAAUAUUUCAAGUAAUUUUGCUUGCUUUUUAAUUAAUUAAUUAAUUAAUUUAUUUAUUUACAAAAUUUUAUUUUACUGAAUGUCUAGUUAAAUCAUGAUUGUCGCAAACAUUAUUUCAGAUUUAUCUAUUAGAACAAUUGUUUUAAAAAUAUUCAGGGUUUUCCUGCCAAGCUGUGGCUUUAAAUGAAUAAAAUACCUAGGCUCUUUUUUUUUUUUUUUAAAUAUUCAUUUGCUUACUUUCUUGUUUUUUAUAUUCCUGUUCACACAUUUGAAGUCAAAAUUUCUUGACUAUAUUUAAAAGUAUUAUACUUGCACUUAUUUUAGGUACAUGAUGGUGUGGUAGAGUAAAAUUGUGCCAAAAAGCCUUAUGCUUGCAAAUUGCCUGUAGGUCAUAAAUCGCUCCUGGCUCAUUCAAUCUUCCUUUUCCCUGUCUCUAUGUACAGGUUUUAAUCACAGGUGGUCCAGUGGGAUUUAUUGUAGGAAGCCAUAAGUUUUUUACCUUUGGCGCAGCAAGAUGACACCAUAGGCCUUCACACAUUCUAAUUUGAAAUGAGUCUUGUUAUUGUUUGUUGUAUCCAAUGAUAAUCAGUGAACAAAUAGUCAUAUGAGGAAUUUUUGUACCAUUUCUGUAAUAAACAUGAAACAUGCAUUAAUGGUUAUUUAAAUCUGUGACACAAUAAGACUGGUGUUUAAACAGGUAAUAUACACUAUAUGCCCAAACAUUUGUGGACACCUGACCAAUCACACCCAUAUGUGCUUGUUGUACAUCCCAUUAAAGAUUAAGUCCCCUUUUUGCUGUUAUAAAUAACCUCCACUCUUCUGGGAAGGCUUUCAUAAUAUAUUUUGGUGCAUGGCUGUGGGGGUUUGCCCAUUCAGCCACAAGAGCAUUAUGAGGUUGGGCACUGAUGAUGAGUGAGGAGGCCUGGGGUGCAGUUGGUAUUGCAGUUAAUCCCAAAAGUGCUCAGUGACCUUGAGGUCAUGGCUCUGUGCAGGCCACUCAAUUUCUUCUACACCUACCUUGGCAAGCCAUGUCUUUAGCAAGAUCACUUUGUGUGUC